AUGGAACUCGACCACUCCAUGGUGGAUGCACCCACCAAUGGCUUUGCAGGGCCUGCUAACCCCCCGGCCAUGGACGUUGAUGACGGUGGCCUUUCAUCCAGAAACGAUGCACAACCCAUCAUGGACGAUUCGGAAUCAUCCGACGACAGCGACAGGUACAUCAAGUCGCUGCAGAGACGCGGCAUGCUUCCUACGGGGUGUUGCUACGACGAUAGGAUGAAGCUACAUGCGAACGCUGAUUUCGGUCCGACCCCUCACCAUCCAGAAGACCCGAGGAGGAUAGAAGAGAUCAUGAAGAUUUUCAAGAAAGCGGGGCUUGUAUUCACGGGUCCUGAUACCGAGCUCCUUGACAUCCUGAAAAAGACGCCCACCAAGUACAUGUGGAGGAUCCCAGCUCGAGAUGCAACGCAAGCAGAGAUUGAAACCGUACACACGACUCGGCAUUAUGAGUGGGUCAAAAGUCUCUCCGACAUGUCGACCAGGGACCUCAGAAUGCUCAGCACCCAAUUGGACCAAGGUAGAGCUUCGCUGUACGUGGGUGGCAUGUCUUACGAAGCUGCUCUCCUGUCAGCGGGGGGUUGUAUCGAGACGUGCAAGAACGUCGCCGCGGGACGUGUCAAGAAUGCCUUUGCCAUCAUCCGACCACCAGGACACCAUGCCGAGUAUGACCAGCCCAUGGGAUUCUGUCUGUUCAACAACGUGCCCAUCGGUGCCAGGGUCUGUCAACAGGAAUACAAGGACUGCCGCAAAGUGCUCAUCCUGGAUUGGGAUGUUCAUCACGGGAACGGAGUGCAAAACAUGUUUUACGAGGACCCAAACAUCCUUUACAUAUCUCUGCACGUGUACGCAAACGGCGACUUCUACCCGGGCAAGCCCGAAAAUUCCCUUCUACCCGAUGGCGACCUGGACAAGAUUGGCGACGGCGUCGGCAGGGGCAAGAACGUCAAUAUCCCCUGGCCAGCCCAGGGCAUGGGAGACGGUGAGUAUUUGGCGGCAUUCCAGAAGAUUGUCAUGCCGAUAGCUCAGGAGUUCAAUCCGGACCUGGUCAUCAUCUCGGCCGGGUUCGACGCCGCAGAUGGCGACGAGCUCGGUGGCUGUUUCGUUACGCCAGACUGUUAUGCCCACAUGACACACAUGCUGAUGUCGCUCGCUGGCGGCAAGGUGGCAGUAUGUUUGGAGGGAGGAUACAACCUCAAGGCGAUAUCCCAGUCAGCUCUAGCGGUUGCUCGGACAUUGAUGGGUGAGCCCCCACCUCGGAUGGAGAUAUUGCCCAUCAACAAAGACGCUGCAAGAGUGUUGGCUAGAGUGCAGGCUGUCCAAGCACCAUACUGGGAUUGCAUGAGACCCGGCAUCAUCAACAUGCCGGAGCUCGGCAGUAGCGCUUCCCGCCUACACGAUGUCAUUCGGGGCUACCAACGGCAGAUCCUCUCGGAGAAGCACGGCAUGAUCCCUCUCUUUAUCCAAAGGGAGGGCCUUUUCAAGUCGUUUGAGAACCAGGUCCUCGUGACUCCGGGCAUACAGUCGAAGAAGAAGGUGUUAUUCAUCAUCCACGACCCUCCCGAACUGGUAGCCAUGCCAGAUGUUAUCGACAAUACGGUUGACCCCCACAACGGCUUCAUCCUGGACGGCGUCACAUCAUAUGUCAACUGGGCUAUCAAGAACAGCUUUGGUGUGUUGGAUGCCAAUGUCCCUCAUUAUAUCACACACCCAGAAGAUAUGGACGCCUACGUCCCCCGACCUACGGAGAAGUCGUUGCAGCACCAGAUUCAGGAGCUGGUUUGCUAUGUAUGGGACAAUUACCUUCAGCUCUACGAUGUGGAGGACCUGUUCCUCCUCGGCGUAGGGAAUGCGUAUCUGGGUGUCAAGGUUCUCUUGACCAGUCGAGAUUGUAAAAACCGGAUCGCAGGAGUGGUGAACUUCGUGACAGGCAACCUCCGACCAGUCAAGUCGGAGACGGAUCAAGAACUGUCCGGCUGGUACAAGCACAACUCGCUGGUAUAUGUUUCUAAGGACCACGGGUGUUGGGGCGAUGAGGAGCUGAAGAAGAAGGUGAUGAAGAAGCGGUUUGGAGGGGUGAAGAAGAGUCCUGAGACGGGACUGAACCUCAUGAUGGAGGAGCAUGCGGAAGAGGUGCACCAGUUCAUCAAGGAGAGACUCAGCCAGGAUAAGAGCGGCAAUACCACAGAUGAUGAGAGAUGA